AUGGGCAGAUUCACGGAGCUGCUCAACAAGUACCGCGAGGCUACCCUGGGAAUCCACUGCUCUGUCUCCGGCACCUCCAUCACUGGCCUCUACACCGCCAUCAAGAACUAUGCCAUGGCAGAGCAGGAGGCAGGCACGAAGUGGAAUCGUACUACGGAGCUGGCUGCCUCCACGGGCAGAGCCCUGACACGGGCAGUGCUGUGUAAUAAGGGGCUGUUUCCAGUGAGGGUCCCGAUCAUGAUGGCGUCGGCGCCUCGGGUGGCGAGGUUCCUGGCUAGGAGGCGGAUUAUCAAGGACAGUGGACGAUGA